AUGACUCUAUCGCGAAUUGAGUAUUCCAAACGGAAUAGCUUGGGUGUAGAACAGACGGAAACGCAAACCAAACCAAAGCUACUCCUUUCCCAGUUACCUAGCGAUGAGUUGGCCACAAUGGAUUUUCGUGGAUCUUCCUUCUUUAAAACGAACAAGAGCCUUCCAACGACAGAUGAAGUCAUGGCUUUGUCUACUUACCCCCAUAAAACAUAUUAUGAUCCACCUCCUGUGAUUUUUGAUCAGCUUGGCUUGCUCGUGAAAUUUGGUCAACGUAUUACAAUCGCUGAAGCUCAAUGUGUGUGGGCAAUGCAAGAACUGUUUGGUGACAAAGUGCCUGUUCCGGAGCUUUUUGGCUGGCGAGUUCGAAACGGGCUCGUGUUUAUCUACAUGCAACUCGUCCGUGGGGAUACCCUAGCAGACAGGUGGGAUUGUAUGCCUGAGAAAGAUAGAAUAUCUAUCUGCGACGAGCUUCGUGAAAUCAUAACAUCCCUACGGGAGCUGCGGUAUGGUGACACUGAUCAGCCAUUUAUUGGAUCAAUUAACCGACAAAAUGUUCGUGAUUAUAUUUUUGUAACUCGCCCACUUGGUGGACCUUUUGAGACCCUUGAGCAGUUUCAUGACUGGAUAUCCUCUUUACCACUUAUCGGACUCUCUGUCCCUAGCAAUUAUGUUGAUCCCUACAGGUCGUAUUUACCGGAUGAUGCGACUAUCAAGUUUACCCAUGCAGAUCUUCAUGCACGCAACAUUAUUAUAUCCCGAGAUAACUCUCCAAAGAUUCUUGCACUUAUAGACUGGGAGCAGUCUGGUUGGUACCCGGAAUAUUGGGAAUGGUGUAAGGCCUGUUAUACCUCUGACUGCUUUGGAGAAUGGAGAAACAAGUGGAUACCAAAGAUUUUCACUGCAUACCACGACGAGUUCAACGUUUUUGCUGAGUAUAUCCAUUUUAUGGGGGCCAUGUAG